GCCAGCCACUCGGAGCCACUUCGAGAAGGCUGGAGCCAGAGCCACGCCAGCCUGACCCAGUUCACUCUAGCGUUGGAGGCGAGGAUCCCGCUCUCUCCUGGUCCAUUGCCUAGCCGUCCGUCCGUCAGCCGCAUCCCUUGCAAGGCAUGAGUCGUUCGCCGGAGCCCGAGGCUGCAGCGCGGUCAUGAGGCGGUGGCGCAAUAGUAGCAGCAGCUGCGUUUCGGCAGCCCCCAAGUCCCCUCCAGGCGCGGCGCCCCCGGGAUGAGCCCCCCAGACUCGAGCCUGCCAAGCUGAGAAUUACCCAGCGCCCGGCUGACAUCCGAGCGCCUUCACCUCGCACACGGGGUCCCUUGCAGCCUCCCACGCGACACCUGCGCGCUUAAAUAGACGCGGGAACUGAAUCCAACUCACCCAUCUUCCUGAUUCUCCAGGGUGCUGCGGGCGAGCGAUCUUCGGCACCCAGUGAUCAGCCAGCCUAGAGCCCAUCAGCUAGUGUCAAGACCCUUCCGGACGGACGGGAAGACACUGUGCCACUCCCCCAAGCUCGCCUGCUCAAAGCCAAGGCGCACAGUGGCGUUGUAGACACCUGGUUUGCCGGGCCCCUCAGUUCUCCACUCCUACAACUCCAGCUCUACUUUGCCCAUAAACUUUUCUCAGGUGGCCUAGGCGCUCCCCACUCGCCCGCAGCCCCAAGCACUAGCGCGAGCAGAGGGCUAGCCCCUCCGCCACAGCGACCUCGGCAGCGCACAUUUAGCACAGCCGAGAAGGCGGACACAGGCGCCGGCGGGGCGCCCCCAGUUAUCCUCAAACGGUGACAACCUCGGUGACCCGGAGCCAACCCAUCCGGGGACUGGGCGUGCGGGGCUUCGAGGCUGGCUGCCCCGAGGAGCACGGAGUGAGGAAGGUGGUGGCUCUGAGGGUGAGUGGCUCAGGGCAGCAGGGGCGGGGGAGCCGAGAGUGGAGGUAACUUCGGGCGGCCGCUGAAGCCCUCCUCCUCCUUCUCCUCCACCUCUUCCCCGCGCUCCUCUGGCGGCGGUUCCCGCUCCAGCUGCGGCACCGCGGCCACAUCUGGGGCUCCCAUGUGCGCUCGGGGGCUCGGCUGCGUCCGCCCCGCCGCCGCCCCCGCAUCUCCCUGCCCGCAGGGUGGACCCUGGCCUGGCCUGGGUCUCGGACAGUCCCGCGUCCCCACCGCCACCGCCGGACAGCGCCUGGGAUUGCUCGGCCACCGGCUUGGACGUCCCCGGCCCCGCGGUGGCUCCGCUGUGGUGUGGGGGCGGCGGUGGCGGCUGCUCCUGUUCCCCGGGCCCCGCGCGCUCGGCCGAGCCCAGAGCCAACCCUGCGGGCCCGGGGAGCGGGGCCCCGGCGGGGGCCGAGGCGGGAGCAGCGCAGCCGGGCUCUGGGGCUCCGACUCCUCCUCCCCCGGCGCCGGCGCCGCCGCCGCCGCCGCCGCCCGCCGCGCGGGGUCCUAAAGCCGCGCGAGUCAAGAGGAUGGUGCGCCUGGCCGCGGAACUGCUCCUGCUGCUGGGGCUCCUGCUGCUCACGCUGCAUAUCACGGUUCUGCGCGGAUCCGGAGCCGCCGACCGGCCAGACGCGGCCGCGGGCAACGUCAGCGGGUCUCAGCUGCAGAAUAACCUCAACUUGGAGAGUGAUUCCACAUCAGAAACCAGCUUUCCUCUGUCCAAAGAAGUCCCAGGGGAGCACCAAGUCGUCCACCAACCCUUCCCCAGACAGCGAUUCCCUCAAGAGACUGGGCAUCCUUCAUUGCAAAGAGACAGCCCCAGAUCCUUUCUUCUUGACCUACCAAACUUUCCAGAUCUUUCCAAAGCUGAUAUCAAUGGGCAGAAUCCAAAUAUUCAGGUCACCAUAGAGGUGGUCGACGGUCCUGACUCUGAAGCGGAAAAGGAUCAGCAUCCAGAGAAUAAACCCAGCUGGUCAGUCCCCUCUCCUGACUGGCGGGCCUGGUGGCAGAGGUCCUUGUCCUUGGCCAGGACAAACAGUGGGGACCAGGACUACAAGUAUGACAGUACCUCAGAUGACAGCAACUUCCUCAGUGUUCCUAGGGGGUGGGACCGUCCAGCCCCAGGCCACCGGACUUUUGAAACCAAAGAGCAGCCAGAAUAUGAUUCCACAGACGGUGAGAGUGACUGGAGUCUCUGGUCUGUCUGCAGCGUCACCUGUGGAAAUGGCAACCAGAAACGGACCCGUUCUUGUGGCUAUGCAUGCAUAGCAACAGAAUCGAGGACCUGUGACCGUCCAAACUGCCCAGGAAUUGAAGACACUUUCAGGACAGCAGCCACUGAAGUAAGUCUGCUUACGGGAAGUGAGGAGUUUAAUGCCACCAAGUUGUUUGAAGUUGACAUGGACAGCUGUGAGCGAUGGAUGAGCUGCAAAAGCGAGUUCUUAAAGAAAUACAUGCACAAGGUGAUCAACGACCUGCCCAGCUGUCCCUGUUCCUACCCCACUGAGGUGGCUUACAGCACGGCCGACAUCUUUGACCGCAUCAAGCACAAGGACUUCCGAUGGAAAGAUGCUAGUGGGCCCAAAGAGAAACUGGAGAUCUAUAAGCCUACUGCCCGGUACUGCAUCCGCUCUAUGCUGUCUCUGGAGAGUACCACACUGGCUGCCCAGCACUGUUGCUAUGGUGACAACAUGCAGCUCAUCACCAGGGGCAAAGGGGCAGGCACGCCCAAUCUCAUCAGCACUGAGUUCUCUGCUGAGCUUCACUACAAAGUGGACGUUCUGCCCUGGAUCAUCUGCAAGGGUGACUGGAGCAGAUAUAAUGAGGCCCGGCCUCCCAAUAAUGGACAGAAGUGCACGGAGAGCCCUUCUGAUGAGGACUACAUUAAGCAGUUCCAAGAGGCCAGGGAGUACUAAAGCACUGCUGCUUUGGAGGCACAAAUGCACUGAUCUGCCAACUGUCACCCAGUUUUUUAAUCCACUGUUUUGUAUAUUUGUAUAUUCCACAUGAGUAUUUUUCUAAGUACACUAGGGGUAUGCACCAGGUAUGGGGGACUGCUAUGUCCAUUGCCUACAAACCGUAUUGGAAGUCCUCCUAGUGACUGUGUCGGCAGGAAGAGGAACGUGGGAACCACAGUGGGUGUGAUUCAAUUCCCACCUCCAUCCAGUGCACAGAAGCACAGAGACUGAGGUUGUAAACAUUAUAAGCAGUUUUUAUAUAUAACUUAUUUAAUACGAAUGUGACUUAAGCUUAACCUUUUCUCUGGAGUUGUCCUUGUAAAAAUUAUUUAAUCACUUCUGAGAGAGCUCAAAAAGGAAAGGACUUGGGGGAAUGGAGAGAAAAGGAAUUUUGCCGUGGAGAUGCAUCAAAUCAAGAACACAGCCACCUUACACCUGGUGCUCUUGAGUCGUAGGGUGUUUACUGGAGUCACAGAUUCCAACACUCUCUUGUCCUUAGACUAGGCAAGGGGGGCGGGGAGUAAGUGGAUGUUUCAAGUCAAAUCUAAGACAUGGCUUUAAAAUAAAUAAAUUUCCAGUGUGGUUCUACUAAGGAGCCCUAGCAGCAGCAUUUCUGCUGUCUUAACAAGCUCAGAAGACUGAAGGAAGUUCAGGCAUAAAGCUGGGAAUGGCACUUUCCAAAAGAAAAAAGCAAAGCAAGUGGGGAAAUAAUAUGGGCCCAUUUAAUCUAUUUUAUUUCAAUAUAACAACUUUUCUCCACCAAUAUAUUCCCAGAAAAUAACUAUAAAAGAGCUGAAGUCUGGGAAAUCCUAAUUUUUUUUAUGUUUUAAGAAAAAAAACUGCAUUAUUUUUGUAAAGUAUUUAUUGAGUUAUUGGAUCUUUUGCAUCAUGCAGUUAGAAGAUGGUCCAGUUCUGUGGGGUGGAACUGGGAGGACAGAUGGAAAGUUGGCUCUUAUGCAACCUUACUUGCAAAACUCCAGGAAAAGAGAUAUAUAAUAAAAUCAUAAUAAAAUGUGUUACCUGCAUCCUUGAUUUAAGAUACAAAUAUUGUAACUACUCCAAGGGAAGCAAGGCUUUCAUGGGGAGAAAGCUUCAAACCAGCUGGGAAUAAAAUACUCACAGAUGGUCUUAUGGUGGUUAGGGCAAGUCAUAGCAUCAUUGGCAUCAAGUGUAUCUCCCUAUCCCCCAAUUAGAUUGAGAUAAUUGGCACACAUAUAAUUUUCUUUCUCACCAAGAACUAAGAAAACCAAGCUAGAGCAAAGAUUUAAGAUG